GCCAAAAACGUGAUUAUUGAUCAGUCGACUUUAAGCUUUCAACGUUGAUGCGGAGAAGGAAAGUUGACUAAUCAAUUCAACCCCUAGCAUAGGAUCGUAUGGUCAUGGCACCUCAGCAUAUGAAUUAUUUAAAAAAAAAAUUUGGUUUAAUAUUGAUCUUGUAUUUACUUAUUUAUUUAAAUCCUUCACUGGUGCAUGGCCACUCAAUUUUGUGGUAAAGAAAGAUGAAGACCCCAGCGCACGGAAACAGGGAGGCAGGGCAGGAUAAAUCGCGACAAAAAGAUUUAUUUUCAGAAACAAAAAAGCCAAACAAGGAACAUGGAAAAUUCUAAAUAACUCGUCUUAAAAAAAAAAAGAAAAAAAAUCUAGAUUAAAAGUAACAAAGAAACACAGGGAAACAAGAUACUUACCACAACAGGAAAAAUGGCAAAACUAGAAACAUGACUUGCUGAAACAACAAUGAUCCAAAACAGACUGAACAAUCCCAGGGAGCUAAAUACAAACAAACUGCCGAGACGAGGCACACCUGGACAAGACACAAGAUCAAACAUCUAGUAGCGAGUGGCCAAAAUAGCACCAGGCUCCUCUGGGCUGUCGUCGUCGUCUCAGCUCAGUUUCUCUGCUCACUCGUUGACGUUUGCCGACAUAUGACUUAGACCUGUUAUCCAUUAAUUCCCGAUAGAGCUCCAAUGAGAAUUCAUGGCUCAGCAGAGAUUCUGUUAUCGUGGUAACUAGUAGGACCUCUUACAGUGACUUAUGAGUGUGCAGAAUAACCCUCUGACCUGUUGGAAAAGUUAGAAGCCGUGCCUGUUUCAUCCACUCAGGGGACUUAAAUCCUUACAGACUCUAUGAUCCAUUUACAACAUGACGUUUGACAAAUUUUAUAUUUAUGGUAGUCUCUUUUACUGGUAGUAUGCCCUUUUGUCUUCUUCAAAUACUGCUUCACCACUGAAGGAUACUGACAGAAUUUUGUCACUGACCAAAACUUGCCAAUUAAGCAUGGCUAAUUCAGUCGUCAUAUAAAAAUACAAUUUAAUUACCCCCUCAGGCAUAUUGUAAGUGAAAAGGUCUGCAUUUGAAGCUGUGGCAGCAAGUGUGAUCUUGUAUCGUGCACUGACAGCUCAAGAAUGGAUUAGCUAAUAUUAUUUGAGGUUUAUGAUAUUGAAUUAAUCUACAUUAGUGGCAAUGCCAGUACCAAAGACAGCGCAUAUGACCUCAUACUGGAAAAUUAAAACCACUGUUGCAGUCAAGUAAAAUUCCCUGAUACUAUGCACUACAGUGGACACAUUCAAACAUGUUAAAUGGGAGUCAGCGCAAAGCUGCCACCAUUUAAAGUUCAGAUGUUCUAGUAGGCCUUUCCAGACAUUAUGGUUGCUUUCAAGCAGAAGUCUGAAGGUUUUGUGCUAAGACUGACUGCUUUUUCAAACUGUUCAUAAUUCCUUCCACCUUGUCUAAGGCCCCAGUUCCAGCUGAAGAAAACAGCCCUAAAGCAUGAUGUUGCCAACACCAGGCUUCACUGUAGGUAUUGUGUGUUUUUGGCAAAGAGCAGUGUUGUGCUUGGGUUAGGGUUAGUGUUUAGGGUUAGGGUUACAUUUUUGUCCAUUGUCGAUCAAGGAAAUUUUGUGAACUGCAAUGCAAUAAAACAAUUGAAAAAGUUAGUGCACAGUCAACGUUCCCUGCUAGUGACUGCUGUACAUCAUGAACAAAUAUAGAGGGCCACAAAGCUUCUUAGGACAGAGCCCGCUUACGAUUCCCUUUCUGUGCACAGCAUCCUUGAAUAGACCACACAAAGAUACCUAAGCCAAAAUCCCUCCCUGGUAUUUAAUUCUAAAUGAGUGAUUACUGGGUGUGUCAGUGUGUCUUGGGUUUGCAGGUAGUUUGGGUGAAGGAGCUCAUUCGUUCACUGGCUUUUGAGAGUCCUGCAACCUGAGACCCGUACACCCUCAGACACACUGCACCCGUUGCAAGAGGUUUUUCCUGGGGAGUCGCUGAAGAACCCAGUUGCGUAAGGGGGGGCCGACCACAUACAGCCGCCAAGAUGUGUGACAUGGGGGGUCUGGAUAACCUGGUGGCCAACACGGCCUACCUCAAAGCCCAGGGUGGUGAUGACAAGGAGAUGAAAAAGCGCCGUCGCAGCUUGUCUCUGCCCAAGGUGGAGCAAUGUGCUGCAGUGCGAUCAUCCAUCGAUAAGGACUUUACAUCAAUCUGUGAACGGCAGCCUAUUGGCAAAAUGUUUUUCCGUCAAUUCCUGGCAAACAAUACAGAGUUUAAGCUCGCUGCUGAUUUCUUGGACGAGCUUUACGACUGGGAUCUGGCUGAAGGUGCAGUAAAAGACAAGGCGCGGCAGAACAUCAUCAACAAGUUUUGCAAAGCUGACUCCAAGAACUUCUUGUCCUUUCUCACUGGGGAGGCCGCUGACAAAUGCAAGGCUGUGACAGAUGCCACCUUCGAUGAGGUGAUGAAAGGCAAAGUCCAAGAUGGUGUGAGGGAGUUUUUGAUCGGCACACCCUUCACAGAUUACCAGGCCAAUCCAUUCUUUGAUAAAUUUCUCCAGUGGAAGGAGUAUGAGAAGCAACCCAUCAGCGACAAGUACUUCUAUGAGUUCAGGACCCUGGGAAAAGGUGGUUUUGGAGAGGUAUGUGCCGUCCAGGUGAAAAACACAGGCCAGAUGUAUGCUUGCAAGAAGUUGUGUAAAAAACGACUGAAGAAGAAGGGUGGUGAGAAGAUGGCCCUUUUGGAGAAAAAGAUCUUGGAGAAGGUCAACAGUCUGUUUCUGGUCAAUUUGGCCUACGCUUAUGACACCAAUACCCACCUGUGCCUUGUUAUGACCUUGAUGAAUGGAGGAGACCUCAAAUACCACAUCUACAACAUUGGCUAUGAUGGCAAUGGCGUGGACAAGGGCAUCGAGAUGAAGCGCAUCGUCCACUACACAGCCCAAAUCACCACCGGUAUUCUUCACCUGCAUGCCAUGGAUAUCAUUUAUCGUGACAUGAAGCCUGAGAACGUGUUGCUGGACAGUGUCGGCCAGUGUCGACUUUCAGAUUUGGGUCUGGCCAUAGAGAUUGCCCCGGGAAAAACUGUCUCCCAGAUGGCUGGUACUGGAGCCUACAUGGCCCCGGAGCUUUUGAACAAAACUCCAUACAGGACAUCAGUGGACUGGUGGGCGCUGGGCUGCAGCAUCUACGAGAUGGUGGCCGGCUACACGCCUUUCAAAGGGCCUGAAAGUAAAAAGGAGAAGGUGGAGAAGGAGGAGGUACAACGUCGUAUUCUCAAUGAGGAACCCAAGUGGGAGCACAAGUUUUUCGAUGCCACCACCAAGGACAUCAUCCAGUUGUUACUCAAGAAGAAAAUCGACGAGCGUCUCGGCAUUAAGGACAACCUGGAGGACCCCAGGAAUCACCCGUGGUUCAAGAGCAUAAACUUCGCCCGUCUGGAGGCCGGUCUGGUGGCGCCCCCGUGGACACCCAAGCCCAACGUGGUCUACGCCAAGGACACGGGCGACAUCGCCGAGUUCUCCGAAAUCAAAGGCAUCGAGUUUGACGCCAAAGAUAACAAAUUCUUCAAGGAGUUCAGCACAGGCGCAGUGUCCAUCCAAUGGCAGCAGGAGAUGAUCGAAACGGGACUGUUCGACGAGCUCAGUGAUCCCAACAGGAAAGAGGGUGGAGGAGAUGUGGAUGAUGAAAAGAAGUCCGGUACUUGUAUAUUGCUGUGAGAGGACCCCUUGUUCAUUUUUCACAUCACAUGCACACUUUUACCGUUUUCAAAUCGGACAAAUUUUUUUCAGGUAAAGAGCACGUUAGUAUGCAACGUCUCAUCUCAGGAUGUUGCUCUACUGGACGACAGAACGAGGGUCAAACUAAUAUAUUGUUCCCCUGCUAUUCACGUUGGUCUAGUACCAAUACGAAACCAGGCAACAGCAUUCUGGACCAGUUGCAGCUGUUGGAUUGAUUUUUUUCUUUUUAUUUUUUUUUUCUUUCUCCCCCAAGCUCUUCCCCUCACUUCAACAUAGUUCCUUGACACCAAGAUGCCACAAGAUGGCGCCAAAUAAUGUUAGACAUGGCUUUACCUGAGAACAAAAACAGCGACUAGGUGAGUCCAUCCAUCCAUCCAUCCAUUUUCUGAGCCGCUUCUCCUCACUAGGGUCGCAGGCGUGCUGAAGCCUAUCCCAGCUAUCAUCGGGCAGGAGGCGGGGUACAUCCUGAACUGGUUGCCAGCCAAUCGCAGGGCACAUACAAACAAACAACCAUUCGCACUCACAGUCACACCUACGGGCAAUUUAGAGUCUCCAAUUCAUGCAUGUUUUUGGGAUGUGGGAGGAAACCGGAUUGCCCGGAGAAAACCCACGCAGGCACGGGGAGAACAUGUAAACUCCACACAGGCGGGGCCGAGGAUUGAACCCGGGUCCUCAGAACUGUGGGGUUGACGCUCUAACCUAGUCGACCCUAGGUGAGUCCUUCAGUUCAAAUUCACGAAUAUGCAGGAGUUUCACUGUACCUUUAAUCAUGUCAGCUUGCAUGCACUUUGACCAGAAAUGUCAGCUGGGGGUCUUUACAUCUUUAGAACACUUCCACACAAGUAUGAAAUGAAUUCACGAAGAAAGAGGCAGGUUGAAUAGAAACGGAGCAGAGGUGGCAGACGUACUUACACUCUGUACUUAAGUAGAAGGACUGGUACAGGGUAGAAAUACUGAUUUACUCUUUAAGUAAAAGACUGCAAAGUAACAAAAGUAAAGAUUAAUUCUUAAUGUCAACUGUAUCCAAAAUGUUCAACUUACUAACAAAAAAAUUUGAAAAUAGAUAACGAUAAUGGAAAAAAUACACCUGACCUGCAAGUGUUUUUUCGGAUUAGACGGAGAAUUUUGGAAUGCCAGAAACUCUGAAUCUGUUGCAUCAUCGUCGCUGGUUUACGUUCCGCCUUAAGAAUCCCCAAGAUCUCAAAUCAAUCAAGAUCUGAACUGGGGUUGAUUUUACUUCUCUUUUAGUUCCGCCAUUUUUUACAUUGUGUCCUCAUCUGCGGAUGUUGAAAGAAGUAUUUUGACAAAAGAGCUGAAAGUACAGAUCCGUUUUCAAAUGUAGGCAAUAAAAAAAAAGUCGCCAGAAAAAUAAAUACCCAAGUAAAGAGACCUGAAAAAUCUGCUUAAGUACAGUAGCUAAGUAUUUGUCCUGUGUUACUUCCCACCACUAAAACUAGACAUUAUAACGGCUGGAAAUGUGCUUUUGUAACUACUGUAGUUGGAAUCUGGUUCAAUCUUAAACCUCUGAUCUCUUUGUUGAACCUUUAAUUUAACUAUUAAAGUGAAAAAAAGUGUAAAUGUUGUACAUAGAGUACAUCUGUAUAUCUGUUUACCCUGAGUGAGGAGCAGUGGUUUAGUACUUCUUAUGUUGGUGCUAUGAGAAAAAUCAACUAAUUAAUAGUUAUGUUAUGAAUGGCCUCUUAUUAACUGAGAAUUGGAAGGACGUGGGACAUUUUAGAGGAGCUGGGUGAUGAAUAUUUAUACUGGAAUGUUCUAUUCUGUGCAAAUAACUCAAACCAGAUGUUGAAGAGACAUCCACACAGGGCAUUGUUCAUGUUCUCAAGAGAAUUUAGCAAGCCACAUUAUGCACAGUUUGAACAUUAACACUAGGAAUAUAAGCAAAAAUACCUAAGAUACCAUAAGAUUGCUCAAUAGAAUAAAAAUGAUAUUUACAUUCAAAUGCCAGAAAAAUUUUCAUGAAAACUGUGGUGUUUCAGGACAGUAUGAAUGUUUCUAAGGGUAAUUAUUUUGCUGAAGGUUUUUGAUCUUCCCAGAUUUUGAUCUUAAGUUUUUACAGUUAAUGUUAUCAGGAAGACUAAAUGUACGUACUUGUAAAUAUAACACAAGAGAAGUUUUAACAUAGGAGAAUCACAUGUAAGGAUGAAAUUUCAUUAAAUAAAGUGCUAAAUAUGUCUUUUAAAA